AUAAUAAUAAUGUCCACAAAUUCAAGAAUGAGAUUAGUUAGAGAUCUUUAAAAACUAAAGUAAAUGAUUCCACAAGGAUUUUAAGCUGCACCUUUUGAUGAUAAUAUUUUAUUAUGGGAAGCUGUCAUCUUUGGACCAGAUUAAACUAUUUGGGAUGGAGGGAUCUUUAAAUUACUUCUUGAAUUUACAGAAGAAUAUCCACUUAAACCACCUAAUGUAAUAUUUAAGACUAAAAUAUUCCAUCCAAAUGUAUCAUAUAUAAUUCAAUAAUUUUAUGUAAGGUUUACACAGAUGGCAAGAUUUGUUUAGACAUUUUAUAAAAUCAAUGGUCACCCAUCUAUGAUGUAUGGGCAAUUCUCACAUCAAUACGUUCUCUCUUAAAUGAUCCAAAUCCUGAUUCACCUGCUAAUAGUGAAGCAGCCAAAUUGUAUUUAGAAGAUAAAAUAACUUAUUUUAAGAGAGUAGAAGAAUGUGUAGAAGAAUCAUGGAUUGAUUGAUACAUAUGAUAAUUAUCAUAUAAAAUAU